AUCCGACAUCUUUUUCCCCACUUCUUACUUUCUUAGGGUUUUUCGAACUCUAAGCUCAAAAACCCGCUUAAACUCAGCUCAAAAUGGGAAGAGCAAAGUACAUAAUCUCUGCUGUUCUGGGAUCAUUUGCUGUUGCUUAUGUGUCAGACGUGCUUGUUGCUGACAAGAAGAUUUUUGGAGGCACUACACCUAAAACUGUUUCAAGCGAGGAAUGGUGGGAGGAAACUGACAAGAAAUGCCAGGCAUGGCCUCGUACUGCUGGUCCACCAGUUGUCAUGAACCCCAUCAGCCGCCAAAAUUUCAUCGUGAAGUCUAAAACUGAAGCCUGAAGACCUAAUUUUCACAUUUGAUUAGUCAACGUAUUUUUUUGCGCAUUCUACACUCAUAAAACUUUUGUUGCCAAAAAUCAUUUAUUCUGGCCCUGCUUUUAGAGAAAGCCAUUUUCGAUUCAGUAGACGGUCCUUAUUCCCUUUCUGUUUCGAACAUAAGAUGCAUGCUGGAUUGUUUGAAGAUUGGUGUUAAUCUUAUUAGAUCUGAAUAAAUGUCCAUGAAGCAAUACUAAACUGGUUAUUGGAUGAUCCUUUUGGUUAGUAUUUUGUUAUGGAAAAAGUGUCAUGCAGUUUGAAUUAUAUCGGAUUGCAUAACACUAUUGGAUUGGGUUGGACUUCAAUGACUCAAGUUUUGCAGUCCAGACUGCAAAAUGAGGUUCCCUUUUGUUAUACAUGCUUUAUCGCUACUUUAAAAAAAAAGGAAGUCAUUA